AUGUCGUACUUCCGCAUCACAUUGCUGCGCUCGGCCAUUGGUUUGCCCAAGCAGGCUUCUGGCGUUCUCAAGGCUCUCGGUCUGCGCAAACGCAUGAAGACCGUCUACCACCCCGUCUCACAACAAGUCGCCGGUCAAAUCUUCGCCGUCAAGGAACUCAUCGACGUCCAGGAGGUCGACCAGAAGUUUUCUCCCGAAGAGCUCAAGGAACUCCGUAGACCCGACUCUGGCUUUUACGUCGAAAGCCGCAUUCAAGAUCAACGCAUGGAUUGA